AGGGCAGCUUCAGGCUUGGCUGUAUUCAGUUACUCAGACAAUAAUGCCAUUGGGGUGGGCUGAAGUAUCUUGUGUGAUUGGUGUUCAGUGUGCCCUGCUUUUCUCCCAAACCAUGGGAGAGCUGUGAUCACUCCUCAGACUACAGCCCAGGGAAGGGAUGGCCCCUACAUGGAACAGGCCUUGCCUGGUCAUUGGGCCAGUCAUGGGCUAGAGUUGUGGGAUGGUCUGAUCCACCAGGAUUUAUCAAGCCUCUAAUCCACGAAGGGAUUACAGCUCUUUCAGGAAAUAGUAUGGGUUUUCCCCAGAGGAAGGGAGACCAGAGACAGAUACAACAGGUGUACAUCAGCUAUCUUCCUGGAUGAUGAGCGAUUGUGCAAAAAGUUUGGCAACUAGAUUCUAUUUAUAAAACAGAAACAGCUUUAUUUUCCUCCCUAUGAGCAUUUAUUGGGCACUUAUUAUUUAUUGGGCCAGGUCCUUGUGGUGAAACUCGUUCCAUUUCACAACAGCCUGGAAGAGAUGAUUCUCCCAUUUCGCAGAUGGGAAUAUUAAGGCCCUCAGCCGCCCAGCGCUUCAAAGUAGUGGACUCCCGUUUCCCUGGGAGUGGAAACGGGCCACACAGAGAUAGAGGCGUUAGCUGUUAACUGAAGCUUUACAGAGUGUCCAGGCUGUGCUCGUCCACGGAAGCCCCCUUGGGCAAAACGUUUUGGGAGACCUAAUACCCUGUGGGCAUCUCCAGACCCUGGGAGGCAGCGCCACACCCUCCUUCAGGGAGAGUUCGCAUUUCCCUGCUUUUGACAGGAGAUAAUGACACACUUGGUGGCCUCCACCCGCCCCGGCCUUAUCGACGGCCCCAGGCCCUGCUUGAGUGCCACUCGGUGUCAUGGUCCCCGUAGGCACUAGAGCUCGAGAACCCCGAUGUGGACGCCGGUGCGGCGCAGGGCCGUGGAGGAGCUGCUGAGCCGCGGCGCCGACCCAAACCUGCUGCUAGCGGAUGGCGCGGCAGCCGUGCACUUGGCGGCCAGAGCCCGCCACCCGCGCGGUCUGAGGUGUCUAGAAGCCCUGCUGAGCCGGGGCGGGGACGCCAACGCUCGUUCGGUCGAGGCACUGACGCCGCUGCACGUGGCUGCCGCCUGGGGCUGUCGCCGUGGCCUGGAGCUACUGCUGGGCCACGGAGCGGACCCCGCGCUGCGAGACCAGGACGGAUUGCGGCCGCUGGACCUGGCAGAACAGCAGGGGCACCAUGAUUGCAUGCGACUCCUUCGGGAGUUCCAGACUCCGACCCAGAUCUCGACCCCGACCGGGACAGAGAGCCAGGAGCCUGAGCUUGAGCCCGAGCUUGACGGCCCAGACCCCUGGGGAAAGGGGUUGGACACCAGGCCCUCUGGACCUCCCAGUGUGACGCAGGCCUCCACAGCACUGGGCGGAAGUGUUGGCAGGGACAUGGGCCUGGAAGCCAGCCCCAGACUCCCCAACCUCCUUGCCCAACCUGAGAUUGCUGACCAGGAUAGCGGCUUGGAGCAACCCCCAGGACAAUGGGACUACAGCUCAGAUAGCUCCUUCGUCACUGCGAUUGAAGCUUCUGGAACUGAAGACCCAGCCCCACACACCUCCUCCUGGGCUAGGUCACUACCCCAGACCAAGCAGGGAUUCCUGCCUGGUAUUCGACCUUCCCAGAGAAUGCCCAGCUCUCCAGGUACCCCUCCACUGGUGCAUCGAACUGCCAGAGCAGACAGGGAGGCAGAACUAAAUACCCGUCUGCAGGCCCUGACUCUGACCUCUCCAGAUGCCUCCCCCUCCCCCAUAUCCCUCCCAGAUGGGAGCUCUGCCUCAAGCCCCCCUCGGGAAUCACCGCCAGGACUCCCCGAUUCCCGCUUCCUAAAAGAUGGAGAGGUGUCCCUCGACAGUGAUGUGGCUGCCCUCUGGCUGACGGAGGACGAGGGGAGCUCCACAGGUGACAGGGACCCCAUCCCCUCUUGCUGGUGCCCUCUGGUCCCUGUGGUGUCUGACCUGGAUUUGCUGCGAAGGCUCCGAGCGCUUGGCGAGAGCCCCGGCCCCAUCACACCCUUCACUCGGCCGUACUACCUCCGGCGGCUGGAAGAAACCCGUGCUGCUGCUCCCGACUUUGCAGGGCGCAGCCCAGAGCUGGCCGAAGCCCUGCGGACAGGCUGUAUCCCAGAUGCCCAGGCAGAUGAGGACGAACUGGCCCAGCAGUUUGAGCGGCCAGAUCCCAAGAGCAGGUGGCGGGAGGGGCUCGCGAAGUCCAGUUUCACGUAUCUGCUAUUGGACCCCAGGGGGACUGGCCCUGUCUGGAUACAACCUUCUGUAUAUAGAAAAGGUUGGUUAGACCCAGUUCAAGCUGCUGAGUAUCCCCGGGGAGCAUCCGCCACUCUCUGCCUUAGAAAAUGGGGCUCACUGGACAUGGAUUCCGGUUGCUCUGUGAACUUAGAAACUGUCUCUGGGGCAACUGUCCUCUCUGAGCAACUUCCCUCAUCCAGGGAGACUCAAGACCUGCCAGCUCGCGCCUUCUCGCUGACCCCAGCUGAACGCCUUCGGACCUUUGUCCGUGCCAUCUUCUAUGUGGGGAAAGGGACGCGGGCCCGGCCAGAUGUCCACCUCUGGGAGGCCCUCAGGCUCCGUCGGCAGCCAGGAAAGCAGGCCUGCCCCAAAGUGCGCCAGAUCUUGGACAUUUGGGCCAGUGGCCGUGGUGUGGUCUCCCUGCAUUGCUUCCAACACGUGGUUGCUGUGGAGGCUUAUACUCGAGAGGCUUGUCUCGUGGCUGCUCUAGGGAUCCAGACACUGACGAACCAGAAACAAGGACACUGCUACGGAGUCGUGGCGGGCUGGCCAGCCACCCGGCGCCGGCGCUUGGGGGUACACCUGCUGCACCGCGCCCUCCUUGUCUUCUUGGCUGAGGGUGAGCGAGAGCUGCGGCCGCAGGACAUCCAGGCGCGUGGCUGAGUCCUGGGGGAGCUAGCCCCUAGCCUAGGUAGAGAUCAGGGUGUUUGAAUGUCUGCCCCAUGGUGACGGCAACCACCCAUCUCCAGAAGGCUGCCAGUGGGUAAGGGGUGGGCGGGCAGCGACCUGUAUCUUCCCCUCCAGCUGAGGGAGGACUUUGUUACAGAUGGAACUUCUGGAGCUUCCCGUCAUGGGAGAACAAGUAGGGAACCCAAGGAUCUCUGGAACAUUCCAGGGCUUCAGAAGGUGCUAGUGCUUUGGCAGUUUUGUCCUGUCUUUGUGAUCCACUUUUAUCUCCCAGACACAGGGACUCAUCUGUGGGAUGGGCUGGGGAAAUUGGCCAAGAUCAAGAGAGAUUUCUCUGCUUCCCAACUAUGGGACCUCGGACCAAUAAUGUGUCUCUCUGAGACUCCCGUUUCCUUAGCUGUACAGUGGGGACAAUGACAAGUCCUACCUCAGGGGGUCAUGGUGGAGACGUGAAUAAACAGAGGCAGGACAUACAGUGUGGGGCACAGAACCCUGCAGGUGGGAAAUCUCCCGGAAGGGA